AUGCAUUCUAACAAGCAAAAGAUUGCAGCAAUGCCUGCAAAUAAGAUGGGUCCAAGAAGGUCUUCGCGUUUGUGUGAAGCACUUGUGAUUUUUCUGCGCCACCUGGUGGCCACAAUGCAACCACCACACGUGAAAGUGAAGCGCUUUCCCUGGCCUGGUGGAGUCUCGCAGCUAGCCGCAUUGCGGGAUCGGCCCCUACACAAACGUGCGGCAGACGGUGCCAGCGGUGGGAAACAGACUUGCCCUUCUUCCGGACUUCCUCCUCCAUUUCCUUUAUUCCAUACCCUCAGGCCUGCCCACCCACCGUCCUCCGAGAGCCGUUUCCCUAGCGGACUUCUUUUCCAGCUCCACCAUUCGGUCGCGCCCCUUUCCCCCGCUGGGUCCUCCAGGGUCGCCUUCGCAGCCCUCCCUGGAGGCCCCCCGCCGGCGCCCGGGGUCCGCCUCCCGCAAUCCCUGCCGCAAGGGACCGCCCCCUCCCGCCGGCAGCCAAUGGCGGCGCGGCUCCGCCCCGCCCCGCCCCUCCCGCCGCGUCCCGGAGCUCUGGCGGGGUUGGGGCCGCGGCCGGGUCCUGAGCCCCUGAGUCUCCCGCGGGCUGAGGCGAGCACACGCCCCGGCUCCCGGCGGCCCGGCCUCGGGGGAGCCAUGGACCCGGAGGUGCUGAAGACUUUGAUUAAUUACUACUGUAAAGAGAGAUAUUUCCGUCAUAUAUUACUUGCUGCCAGUGAAGGAAUCAAGAGAUAUGGCAGUGACCCAGUCUUCAGGUUUUUUCAUGCCUAUGGUAUAUUAAUGGAAGGUAAAGUUCAAGAAGCUCUUCGAGAAUUUGAGGCUCUUAAAAAUAAACAAGAUGUAUCCCUUUGUUCUCUCCUUGCGCUGAUCUAUGCCCAUAAAAUGAGUCCUAAUCCAGGUAUAGUAUUUAAGUAUAAUGCUUAUGACAAUUUUUCCUAUUUAGUUCAUUUUGAUUUUUCUCAAUUAUACUAUUCAGUCUCAUCAUACUAUAUUAUAUAUAGGUGCUAUUUCUAUCAUGUUUUAUCUUCCUGAGAAGAGUGUAAAUUCAUCAGGCAUAAGAAACAUGUCUAUACUACUUUCAUAUUUCUUAUAUACUAUGGCAGAGGUUUUAUUAGUACAUAGCAAUUGUUUGAGUUAACUUAAAGGUGAACAUAUAUUUAGCAAUUGUUAUGGAAAAACAGGAUAGCCAAAGAACAGGUGCUAUAUAUACAUAAAUAGCUUUGCAGCAGCCAACUUACAACUUGUUAUGUGCAAAUAUAUAGCUAUAUGCAGUUUAUUUCUUCUAUAUAUUAAGUUUCUUGAAGGCCUCUAUACCCUGCAUGGGGGCUAGCUCUUGGAAGAUAUUCAGUAAAUUUUUAUUUAGUGGUAGGUUUGGAAAUAUGAUUAGGUUAUAGAAGGAACCUUAUGCAUAAACCAGCAAUUAAAAUUGUGUGAACUAUCUUAGUGUGUAGUUAACUUAAUGGCUAAGACCAGAAUAAUAUCAAAAUUACAGGUAAUGAAGAAGAAAUAGCAUUAUAUUGUUUCAUAUGUAUUCAGUAACAGCUAAUAGGAUUAUAAAUAUAGAAUCUGGUACAAAUAAUUAGAUAAUAGUCAAAUGUCAUAGUAUGGUUUCUUAAAUAUUAGAAAACACUUUUUUCUUAAAGUAUCACAUGCCUCCUUCACUCCAUGUACACAUGUACAAAUCAAUAGUAAAUAAACACAUUUAACAGUUAUGUGCUCACUUUCUACAAGAAAUUAUACCAAAAAUAGUUAGAAGAUAUGAAAGAAUUGUAAUAAGUGAUCCAUGUGAUCCAUGUGAUGUCAGGUUAUAAUCUAGUUGAGAAAACAAAAUGUAAAAACCACAAAGAUUAAAUUCUACUGUUACUAUAAGUGAUAAAAGAUGAAACAAGUCCAUAAUUAAUUGAAAUUGAUGUAUACUAUUAAUCCACAAGAGUGGGCUGGGACAGCUUUGUGAAAGGUUAGAACUUAAUCUGAUUUAUGAAGGGCAGGUAGAAUUUCAUAUGAACAGUAUUGGCCAGAUAGGAGAAACUGAUGGGCAAGUACGUGGAUGUGGUUCAGGAUUAGGCUCUCCUGUGGAUCUCCUUUCUCUGUGCUCCAGUGGGAAUCUUGUUUAGCUAGAGCAGAGAAUUUGCAUAAGAGAGCUGUAGUCAGUUAAGUCUAAAUACAAGAAAUUAGUACAAAAUAUUUUUUUUCUAUAAUCAGGUUUUCAUUUAAUUGGUUAUUCCCAGCAGUUAUUCCCAACAUUUCUGUUGGGAAAUGUUAUUUCCAAUACACUGAAAAGGUGUAGACAGAAAUAUUGUUUAGAGACACCUGAACUCUGAUUCCACUUUAUGCCAUG